AUGGCGGGGGCCGAGCUGUGGGCGCUGGAGCCGCUGCGCGCGCUGUGGCUGGCGCUGGCCGCCACCUUCCUGGGCACGCUGCUGCUGCAGCUCGUGCCCGCCGGGCUGCUCCCGAGCUGCGCGCUCUUCCAGGACCUCAUCCGCUACGGGAAGACCAAGCUGGGGGCCCCGCCGCGCCCGGCCAUCUGCCGGGCCUUUGAUGUCCCCAAGAGGUUCUUCACGCACUUCUACGCCGUGUCCGCGCUCUGCAACGGGCUGCUGCUGGCGGCGCUGGCGCGCGCGCUCCUCCUGGACGCGCCCUUCCCGACCUGGCUCGGCGCGCUGCUCCGCCGCCUGCAGGCGCCGGCCCCAGAGAUGCUGAGCUUGUCUGUCCCCUCCCAGGCGCAGAGAGAUGCUGAGCUUGUCUGUCCCCUCCCAGGCGCAGAGGAGCGGGCGCUGUCCGCGCUCCUGGUGCUGCUGUGCCUGUGGCUGCACAGCCUGCGGCGCCUCUUCGAGUGUCUCUUCGUCAGCGUCUUCUCGGGCGCUGCCAUCCACGUCGUGCAGUACUGCUUUGGCCUCGUCUACUACGUCCUCGUCGGCCUGACGAUUGUGAGCCAGGUGCCCAUGGACGACAUGAGUGGUGAGUUUGCAGGGAAGAAUGUACUGACGCAAGCGCGGUGGUUCCACAUCCUCGGAAUGAUGAUGUUCAUCUGGUCGUCGGCCCAUCAAUACAAGUGCCAUGUCAUUCUCAGCAAUCUCAGGAGGAACAAAAAAGGGGUGAUCAUUCACUGCGACCACAGGAUCCCUUUCGGAGACUGGUUUGAGUAUGUCUCCGCCCCUAACUACCUGGCGGAGCUCUUGAUCUACCUUUCCAUGGCUGCCACCUUUGGGUUCCACAACGUGACUUGGUGGCUGGUGGUCAUGUACGUUUUCUUCAGCCAGGCCCUGUCUGCUCUCCUCAGCCACAAUUUCUACAAAAGCAAAUUUAUCUCCUACCCCAAGCACAGGAAAGCGUUCCUGCCAUUUCUGUUUUAAGAUAACCCCACGUUGUGAAGGAUGCGAACCAGAUGGCAGGUUUGACUUCCCAGAUGUGAAGCUGGAGACCAAAGGACGGACCCCUUCUGUGGGGCUGGUUGAAAUUCUCUGUCCCUCUUUUGCGUGGAAAGGCACAGAGGUACCCUGAGGAGACGAGGCUACGGAAGGGCUUCAAAGCAGCCGCUGCUGGUAGACCUGGCUCCCGGCCCUUUCCCGCCACGCCAGCCAACCAGCUGACUUCUCCACGCUGCGUCGCGAGCUAACAAGACCACAGCAGCCUCGCCCUGUACACACCUGCCCCACGGAAGAGACAGGGUCACCGUGUGGCUGGGCCAACUCACCAGGGACAAGUGGGCUAGGCUGCAUCACACAGGGUACAGUAAGUAGGUGGUCAAUAAAUGUCAUAUGCCAAUAACACAGAAUUGCCUUUGAAAUAAAUGUUAAGGGAUACUUUCAUACCAGUGUUUUCAGGGGGAAAUAUUUGCCCGAGGCAGUUUAUGCCUCAUAUAUUAAUACCGAGAUCUCCAGUUCUAAAAUCGUCAGUAAUCGCUGCUACUCAUCUGCCCACAAAUUGGCCUAACAGGAAGUUUGGAAACCUCUUUUACUGAAUUCUCUUUUGACAUUUGUACUGAAAGCAUUGGGAAAUAAAAUAUUUUUCUAUUUAGGCAUAAGAA